AUGAACCAUUCGAAUGAAUUCUGGCUGUUCGGAUAUGGGUAAGGCAACGGGGCAUUGGAAGGGGAAAAUUCUCAUAGAAGGGGGAAGAAUAUUGCUAUCAUGAUAGAUGUAGCUUCCUUCUCGUUGGUCUGUUUUUUUUUCUAAUACCGGGCUCGCGAUUUAGAAGCCUCAUCUGGAAGCCACCGCCAGAUUAUGGUGAGAUGAUUUGCGAUGUGUACCACAUAUCACGCUUGAGUUUUUCAAUUAUACUCACACCAAAUGUUUGUAGACCGUCAGGUCCCGGGCUACAUUAAAGGCAAGCUGGUGGGUGCAUGC